ACAACUGUUAAAAACACAAGUGAAAUAUAAACCUAUAAAUUAAAUAAAACAAUUCAAAGACUAAAAGAGCAACUUAAAGGAAGUGUUGCUAUUAAAAAGCAAACCUCUUCACUCUGGGUCUUCACGUGACCUGACGGAGGGUUUAAUAGCAUCUGCGUGCACUGAGGUUUCUAUACUUCCCUUAUCAGCUCUCACCAGUUCCUGCAUGCAGACAUGGUAUUUGAAUAACUUCUCAGCACACGUUGUGUCUGUGUUCCCCUCUGUGAUCCAGAAACAUGAGCGACCAGGUGAGUCCGUCCUUCAACCAGAGCUCAGGGAACGAGUCGACUGCCUGCGACCAGGUGGACACGUCGGCACGCCUCUUCUUCCUGCUGGGACACAGCCUGGUGUUCCUGGUGGGGUUGCUCCUGAACGGCUUCACGCUGAAGGUGUAUUUCUGCACGCAGCAGCAGUCCAGCAGCGUCACCGUCUACCUGAAGAACCUGGUGGCCGCAGACUUCCUGAUCAGCCUCUGCCUGCCGCUCCGGAUCCUGAACUACUCCAGCACCUCGGUCCACAUCCACCUCGUCUACUGCAAGUUCGGGGCAUCCGCCUUCUACCUCAACAUGUACGCCAGCAUCUUGUUCAUGGGCUACAUCGCAGCCAACAGGUAUCUGAAGAUCGUCCACCCGUUAGGAACCCACAUCCUUCAGACGGUGCGAGCCGCCCACAUCAUCUCCACGCUCACCUGGCUCUUCCUCCUGGCCACGGUGAUCACCUACGCCACCCUCUCUCUCCUCAGCCAGGAACCCUCAUCCCCCGUCCUUCUGAGCCUGAGCUGCGACGCCCUGCACAGCCAACUGCUCAGCACCGUCUACAAGGUCAUCCACUCCUGCUCCGUGUUGGUCUUCCUGCUCGUCCUCGUCUCGCUGGUCUUCUUCUACCACAGCACCUCCCGCCGUUUGUCUGAGGCGCAGAAGAGACAGCCGGCGUCCUCCAGCUCCAAGAAGCUGGCUAAGUCUCGAAGAAACAUGCUGGUUCUGGUGAGCGUGUUCUGCGUCUGCUUCGUCCCGUACCACCUCGUGCGUCUUCCCUACGCCUUCCUGAGGAAGCGCUGCUCCUGGAGCCAGACCUUCUUCUACCUGAAGGAGGUGACCGUCCUGCUGUCGGUGCUCAACGUCUGCUUGGAUCCGCUCAUCUACUUCAUCUUCUGCAAGGCCUUCAGGGCGCAGCUGAACCUGAAGAGGGCGUUCACCCUCACUCAGGCCCCGACCAGAGGAGAAAACACAGAUAGGAGGAGCAGCGACGGGAGGACGAGCAUCAGAUUCAACAGGAAGACGUCGCUCACAACCAGCACCAGGCAGAACAGCGUGCUGUAGCUUACACACACUAACACUCAGUGGUGGUUCUAGAUCGAUUUCACUGGUGGGGGUCAUUUUUAUUUAAUGAGAUGGGCACACUCAAUGCGGGACAAAAGACACAGGCAGUGUUAUUGACUCAAAUGACUCCAGGAGACUUAUUGUUAAAGUAUAAGACAAAUACUUUAUUUUCAAAAAAGCCAAAAACAAGGAUCAACGCUCUUGAAAAAUACAAAAGAAGGAAGCUAUCAAAAAGUAUCAACACAAAUUCACUCAGUGUGAGGAUUUAAACUAACUAUCAGAAAAAUAUAAGAGAUAAGGUUUUCAAAAGUAUCAACAGAAAGUCACUCAGAAUGAGGAACAAAACCUACAACAAACCAGGAACAGGAAACAAGAGGAUAAACGCUGGUACGCUGGCGACUGACAAGACAAGGGGACAAGGAGAAUUUAAACAUGAGGUAAAUGGGAACAGGUGGAACCAAUCCGGGGCUGGCGAGGGCAGACACACGAGGUCAGGGAGUCAAGGGACAUUUUUGACGAGACACAACAGUUAUGCCAAGCGCACAAAAAGUAAAUACCAUUAUUGGUGUUUCUUUUAAUAACAUAAAUAGUUUCAGUGGUUAAAAUGUUAUUUACACAGACUAACAAACAGAUUUCACUUGGGGGGGGGGGGCAGUUAUUUAAUGAGAGGGGCACAAUCAAUGCGGGACAAAAGAGACAAAGACAAUGUUCAUAAGUGUUAGUUUUUGUAUAAAGUCAUAGCGCACAGAAACAUAACAUACCACGAGAAAAUGCAUUUCCCGCUGAAAAUGCGUGUGAAUGCCGAAAGCUGCGCGAAUGCUGAAAAUGUUAAUAGCUGAAUGGUGACUGUAGCUGCUUUUAGCUUCAAAGCCAGUAAGUGUCUUGCUGAACUUAGUGGGAAGAUGCAGAAAAGCAUAUCAAAUUGUUGAAGCUCAAACUGUUCUGGCUGAGUAGGAAAAAUAGCGAUGAAGCUUAAUAUUUAAAAGAAAAGUUUAAAGAGGGGCAAAAUCAAUGCGGGUCAAAA